GCUGCCGACCUCCUCCUCCUCCACCUCACCACCGCCGACCUCCUUGUCCUCCUCUUCCUUGCCUUCAAGUUGGUUGAGGUGGCUGCCAACAUGUUGUGGCCCUUCCCCAAAGCGCUCUGCCCCAUAGCAAACUUCUGCUUCUACUCCAGCAUCUACCUCAGCACUCUCUUUAUGGCUGCCCUCAGUGUGGAGCGCUACUUUGGGGUCGUGUUCCCACACCGCUACAACCGGCGCCGGAGGUUAUGGCGGACGAUGGCCGCCAGCGCCGUCCUUUGGGUGGUGGCAUUGUCCCAUUGUUCCAUCGUCUUUGUGGCAGAACAUCACAGAGAGUUUGGGGUCAGUGGGUCUGAGGCUGAUGGGGAACGUGGUUUUGGGCUGUAUCAGAUCAAGACCUGGGCAUCUGGAAUGGACAAUUCCACUCACGUUGACCCCAUUGGGCUGAAGAUGGACAACUCCCAUU